AUGCUAUUACUAGGUAUUUGGCUCGUUGCCCACUCCAACGUCGCUGUCAAGAAUAUCGCGGAGAAGCUAGCCGGAUGUGACUUCCUGGAUUUCCGCCUCAUUGUGUCGCACGAAUUUCAUUUCGAUUGGCAUGAGCAUUUAUACCACAAGAUCAGUAGUAACAUAAUACCAUCCGACCAAUUGCCUAAAGACAUUGUCGACACUGAGCGACGCCUUGGUGGAGCACGUGUCAUCCUCUGCACGCUGAGUAUGCUGUCAAAUGAAUCGUUGCAGAAGGCCGGAUUUAACAGACUCGUACCGGUCCACACUGUGAUUGUGGACGAGGCGAGCCAGAUCGAAGUCGGCGACUAUUUACCGCUCCUCCACAACCACGACAAAUCACUCAAGAAAUUAGUCUUUAUAGGGGAUGAUAAACAACUUUACCAGGGCCGGUUGAGGAGCGAACAUAGUGAUAGGGCGUUGUCUAGCUGCCGAUUCGUCGACGUGUCUGAAGGAAGAGAGACGAAAACUGGGAACAGCUGGCAGAAUGUCUCGGAAGCGCGGGAGGCGAUCCGGAUCGCCGCUAUUUGUCAAGCGCGCGGUCAGGCCUUCCGUCUCAUUACACCAUAUGAUGCCCAGCGCGGUCUGCUGGAGAAGCUACUCAAGGCGAGCGGAUUACCCUGGCAAGACAAGUGCUUCAAUGUAGACUCCUUCCAAGGCAACGAAGAGGACAACGUUAUCAUUUCCUGCGUUCGGUCUCAGAAGAUCGGAUUUCUGUCAAACUUGCGCAGAACAAACGUCAUGCUCUCACGCUGCAAGAGGGGUAUGUUCGUGAUCACGAGCAAGCAAUUUCUACACGGCAUUGCUUCCUCAUCGCUGAUGGGUAAGAUGGCCGCGGAGUGGGGCGACGAAGGGUGGUUGAGUCGUCGGCAGAUCCUACAAGGAGUGUUGUGA